CACUUUUUUCAUUUUAACAAAUGUAAUAUAGAUUGUGAUAUUAAUAUAUUUUUAAAGUUCUGGGAUAUUUCCAUUUGAAUUCAAAAUGGAUAAAAUUCCAGUAACUAUCAUCACUGGAUUCCUGGGAACCGGAAAGACAACAUUGAUUAGAAGAAUUUGCUCUGAGUUAACUCAUAAGAGAGUCGGGAUUAUUCAAAAUGAGUUUUCUGACUUUAUGGGAAUUGAGAAACCAAUUUUACUGAAAACUGGAGCCACAGUUUAUGAACUUCCUAAUGGCUGUCUUUGUUGCAGUGCUAAAUCAGAUUUGGUUUCAGCUCUGGAUUUAUUCCUACAGUUGAGUGAUAAGAUAGACUGGAUUAUCAUAGAAUCCUCGGGUACUUCUGACCCAGUCGCCCUCACUGGUAACCUUUGGCUCGAUGAUAAUCUUGAAUCUAAAUUAAAACUUGACGGAGUCGUUUCAAUCACAGAUGUUAACACCCUUAACUUGUUUCUGUCAUAUAAAUCUAAACAUUCUUACAAAAAUCAGUCAUUAAAUGAUGAGGUUUCAAGGUGUGAAGGAGAAUAUUCUGAGCUAUUUGAAACAUUUUCUAAGCAGUUAUCCGUGGGAGACUUGAUAGUUGUCAAUAAGACUGACAUAAAUCCCUUGUCAAAUGAGCUUAGAAAAUACCUGAAAUCUGUAAAUAGUAGUAAUGUAGUUGAAUGUGUGAGGUGCGAUUUUGAUCUUAAGCUUCUUUUCGACCUCGGAACCUUCGAUACUAAAAAGUUACUCUCUGGUGAUACAAAUUCUGAGAAGUUUUCUGUUCAUGUUCAGAGCAAACUCACCAGCAUUUGUAUAAAGAGUUUAAGAGUGUAUUCAUUAAAGUAUAUAAACGACACUGUUUCAUCCCUUCUAUGGGAAAAAGAUGAUAUUUACCGAUGUAAGGGUAUUUUCAGAGCCAUUAAUGAUUGCUCACUUAUUUCCAAGGAUGACGAAACCGUCUCAACAUUUGAGUUACAGGGGAUUGGGAAACUUUACGAGAUUAAUCCCGUGGAGGCUGGCAUAUCUGAAAACAUCUUUCUUUUUAUCGGAAACCAACUAAACAGACCCGUUUUAAAUGAACUAUUUCUCUAAUCAAUUAUAAAACUA